AUGAGCUCGUCCGCAUCAUCUCUGACCUCGAGUCAGAACUUGAACGGGAUUAUCAUCCCGUCUGGUCUGCUUAUUGUCGGCACUCUGAUAGUAAAGAAAGAAUGGGCACCCUUCGCCGUUCUCCUGGCUCUAGCUCUGGGCAGCUUCAAAUACUUCAGCCAGCAGCCCAAGAAGUUCCUUAAGCCGGAUCUGUUCCAGGACCUCGAGCUCAAGGAGAAGACCAUUCUCUCCCACAAUACCGCCAUCUACCGUUUCAACCUGCCGACCCCCAACUCCAUCCUCGGCCUGCCCAUCGGUCAGCACAUCUCCAUUGGCGCUGCUUGCGAACAACCCGAUGGCAGCGUCAAAGAAGUCAUCCGAUCCUACACCCCAAUCUCUGGCGAUCACCAGCCCGGCUACAUUGAUCUUCUAAUCAAGUCUUACCCCACCGGAAACAUCUCCAAGUAUAUGGCCUCCUUGAACGUUGGCCAAGCCAUCAAGAUCAGGGGGCCCAAGGGAGCUUUUGUUUACACUCCCAACAUGGUGCGGCAUUUCGGUAUGGUUGCCGGCGGAACGGGCAUUACUCCCAUGCUUCAGAUCAUCCGUGCUGUUAUCCGAGGACGCCCCACCGGCGACAGGACUGAGAUCGAUUUGAUUUUCGCCAAUGUUUCUCCCCAGGAUAUUCUUUUGAAGGAAGAUCUCGAUGCGCUCGCCAAGGAGGACAGCGGCUUCAGAGUUCACUACGUCCUUGACAAGCCUCCGGAGGGCUGGACUGGCGGUGUUGGUUACGUUACUGCCGAUAUGAUUACUAAAUAUCUUCCCAAGGCUGCUGAUGACGUCAAGGUCCUUCUUUGCGGACCGCCCCCAAUGGUCAGUGGCAUCAAGAAGGCCACUGAGAGCCUCGGCUACAAAAAGGCUCGCCCUGUCAGCAAGCUCGAGGAUCAAGUCUUCGCUUUCUAA